AUGGAUCAUUUCACCCUACGAUACGGCCCGGCGAUCGAGCCAAGGCCGCCGAGCCCGCCUGAAGGAUCACUGGGAUGGGAUCUCCAGCCUGACACUCAGCCACCAGCCUUCGAUCUAGCUUCGUCGAUGGCUGGGUUGACGGUGGAACCUGACUUGAGCCUGAAUGAGAACAUGAAAGCAUUGUUCCUGGCCAGAGUCAUGGAGAAGGCCCGGAAGCUCAUCUUGCGGCGCGUGAAAGAAAAGAAGGUUGCCGACGACGCUGAACUCGACGACUUCAAACUCGACGUUGAACAUUGCCAGCGAUGUUAUCACUCAAUUUUCCACAACCUGCCAGCUUCCUUCGAUACUUGGAACAACGACAAUACCCUUGCAGUCUUGGACCGGCAGAAAUUGCACGCUGCGAUCCAGGAGGCACUCAAAGACGUCAGCGACCAGGUGUUCCUUCUUGUAAAAAUGCCAAGGCGCACACCUUACUCGGAAUUGAACCUCGCACACAGGUACUCGGCCCAGAUCGUCACGCCUGCUGUGUGUUUGGAGGUCAUGGACCGCGAAUACCAACGUCGCAUGUAUAGCGACGUCGAGCCGGUGAACUUUGACGAGCUUCGCGCCUUUUGGCUGCAGGUUGCGCAGAAUCCACAGGAUGUGAUGAGGAUCAGGAAGGUGGUGCGUCGUGCGAAGUUGUUGUGCAAGAAGUGGGAUGACGGGGCCUAUUCAGACUUCUCCUCGGUGCUUUGGCGUGCUUUGUGGUUUGCCAAGGGGGGCCAGGUUCCAAUGGUGUAG